GUGCACGGCGAUCGGCGGUGCGCUGUGUCCAUCGGACAUCGAAGCUGUCGGCUUGGUCAUGUGAUCAGCUGUGUCCAAUCACAGCUGAUCACAUUGGACAUGUACACUGAACAUCAGGGCAUUGAUGAUCAGUGUGCCCUGAUGAUCAGUGUAGCUCCAGCAGUGCCACCUGUCAGUGUCCAUCAGUGCCACGUGCCAGUGCCCAUCAGUGCCACAUCAAUGCCACAUAUCAGUGCAUACCAGUGCACAUCAAUGCCACAUAUCAGUGCCCAUCUGAGCUGCCUUUCAGUGUCACCCAUCAGUGCCAGUCAGUGCCACCUAUCAAUGCAAAUCAGUGCCACCUUUUAGUGCCAGUCACUGCUGCCUAUCAGUGC